CGCAUGGAGGCGGUCCGGUGUUCUGCUGCUGCUGUCGCCAGUUAAAUCGCAAGGACGCGGGAGCGAGCACACGGCCGUGCCAGGAUUGACUUUAUUUUUUAUCCUCCGCCGUUUUUGGGGAUUACCACGCGGAUUCACAGCGUCGACGGCCAGCCGUCAGGGCCCACAAUGUCCAGUGAAGUGCAGAGACCGGACGACAGCCCCAGUACCAGUGGGGGAAGCUCAGACAUUGAACAAAGGGAAUCUGUACCGGCAGAACAGGAGCGAGAGCAAGCACAGCCCAAAAAGAAGGAGACCAAAAUCUCCAGUAAAACCGCUGCUAAACUUUCAACUAGUGCCAAGAGGAUUCAGAAGGAGCUUGCAGAAAUAACACUAGAUCCACCUCCAAACUGCAGUGCUGGUCCCAAAGGAGACAAUAUCUAUGAGUGGAGGUCGACCAUCUUAGGACCACCGGGCUCUGUGUAUGAAGGAGGGGUCUUCUUUCUGGACAUUGCCUUCACACCAGACUACCCCUUCAAACCCCCAAAGGUAACAUUUCGGACAAGGAUCUAUCACUGCAACAUCAACAGUCAGGGGGUGAUCUGCCUUGACAUCUUAAAGGACAACUGGAGCCCUGCCCUCACCAUCUCCAAGGUCCUGCUGUCCAUCUGCUCCCUGCUCACAGACUGUAACCCAGCUGACCCCUCUGGUUGGAAGCAUCGCCACACAAUACCUGACCAACAGAACAGAGCAUGACAGAAUAGCCAAGCAGUGGACGAAGAGAUACGCCACAUAGACAUCUGGCUGUGACUCCCCCCCUCUGUUACCCCCCCCCAACCUUCACUCUACCUCUCUCCCUCACCCUGUCUAUCAAAGCACACUCACUAAGUGCAACUGUAAAAACCUGCCCUUCUGUCAUCCUACCUUUUCUUCCCCCCCUCUGUUCAGAACAUUUUAUCUACCUUUUCUGUGUUAAAAAUGUCCUUUGUUCCUUGUUGACUUGAAAGCUUCUUUUUAUACAAAGAGUAGAUUGGGAUUUUUAUUUUCCAAUAUCUGAAUGUUGGAAGUAUUGUAUUGGGGAAAAAACACGCAUAAUAUUGUAAUUAUCAUGUGCAUUGAUCUUCAGCUAUACAGUAUGAAUUCUUUUUUUUUUCCUUUCUUUUUUAGUGGCACCUGGAACAAACAUGCAGAUUAUUCUUUUACUUUUUCCUUUAUCUGUAUUUGUCGAUGAUGUUAUCUGCAUGGCCCAGGAAGGUUUGCGUCAAUGGAUAAUUCAUGCUUUUCAGCUUCCUCUGAUUUUGUUAGUACUGUAUGUAUUUGUUGAAAGGCUUUUGAGGCAGACCACAAAAGUAUAGGUCUGCCUGUGAAAGAGGCACGACUUGUAUAUUUACUGGCUACCCACCACCUCUGCAAUUGCAGAGUGGUUUGUUGUGCACUUGUAUUACUGAAGCACCCAAUAAAACACACUGUGGUUGGCUUGUGA